UUUUCGUUGUGUUUGUGUUCCCAGCUCGCGGCCACACGAAAGACACGUGUUCUUGGCCAAUUCCUUAAUUUAAGUAAUUUAAGUAAAUAUUUUGUGCUUGACACCUGUUGACAAAUAAUUGACCAUGGAUGAGGAUCAGAUGGAAGUCGAGGAGAUGGAGGAGGGUGGGGCUCCAGCCGAGAGAGUGGAACGAAAGGUGUAUUUACCGGGGAAGCCGCUGGAUAAAGGAGAAGUUUUAGAAUGUGAUGAAUCUGUUUACCUAAUGAGGCAUGAAUGCAAAGCAGGUUCACCAUGCCUUAGCUUUGAUAUAAUCAAGGACAAUUUAGGCGACAACCGUGAGGACUUCCCUCAUACUGCAUUUAUCGUUGGUGGUACUCAGUCACCCAAGAAGGGAGACAAUUGCUUGUUAGUUAUUAAGAUGUCAAAUUUGGUUAAAACUCAGCGUGAAUCUAAAGAUGAUGAUGAUGAUGCGAGUGAAAGCGAAGAUGAGGAAACCACUGAAGGUUCUAAGCCAAUCAUGCACUAUUCUAUUUUAAAACACUUAGGUUGCGUUAACAGAGUCAGGUCAAUAGAGAUUAAUGGCACAGUGCUUGCCGCAUCUUGGUCAGAGCUGGCUCGCGUGAGCAUUUGGAACUUAAACCAAUCAAUUCGAGAUGUUGAGCAAAACAAGCAGUUGCCUAAGAAAGUCAAGAGGGAAGGUUAUGGUAAAAUGGCUAACUCAGUGCCACCAUUAUUUACAUUUACUGGACAUCAAACUGAAGGAUUUGGAAUCGACUGGAGUCCAACUAUGCCGGGAGUCUUGGCUACUGGAGACUGCACUCGUCACAUUCAUGUUUGGACGCCAAGUGACAACUUAACCUCGUGGAAUGUUGACCAGCGUCCUCUUGCAGGUCACACUGAUUCAGUUGAAGACUUGCAGUGGUCCCCUAAUGAACCUCAUGUACUUGCAUCUUGCUCCGUCGACAAAAGUAUUCGAAUCUGGGACACCCGUGCAGCACCUAAUAAAGCGAACCAGUUGACAGUUGCUGGAGCACACUUGUCAGAUGUUAAUGUUAUUAGCUGGAACAAAAAGGAACCCCUUAUUGUCUCAGGAGGAGAUGAUGGCUUCCUUCACAUAUGGGACUUAAGACAAUUCAAGGCGGGUGCUUCAGUAGCAACGUUCAAACAUCAUACUGAACCAGUGACAACAGUUGAGUGGCAUCCAACUGAACCUACAAUAUUUGCGUCAGGUGGAGCAGAUAACCAAAUUGCUCUCUGGGAUCUAGCAGUUGAAAGGGAUUCUGAUUCUAAUCAAGGAGAAGACCUACAGGAUAUUCCUCCCCAACUUCUCUUCAUACAUCAAGGGCAGAAAGACAUAAAGGAACUACAUUGGCAUCCUCAAAUCAACUCCUCCAUCAUUAGUACUGCUCAAAAUGGCUUUAAUAUUUUCCGCACAAUUAGUGUUUAAAUAUAACUGAUAUGUUAUUAUUUGAAACUGAGGCUGGAAACAAAUUGAAAAAAAAAAAAAAUUAUCUGUUACAAUUUA